AUGGAAAAUGAAUCAUUGCCCAUUCUGCUUAUAACCGCUAAUGUGGGAAGCGUGUUCGAAGAUCCCUCAAAUCUGCUGCACAUUUGGAUCAAAGAAUUUCUCGAGCAGAUUGCUGCACGACAACCAGCAUUUAUCGCCCUCCAUCUGCAGGAGGUGGGUGGUAAAACGUACGAAAAAUCCAUGGAAUAUGUGCAGGAGUUCAUCAAACAGCUGUGCGAAUCGGAAGAGCUGCGUGACUACAAUCGUAUUCGGGUUUAUUUGGAUGAAGACUACAAUUCGGCGGAACAUUUUACGGCCCUCGGUAAUUUAUAUUUCGUCCAGAGCACGGUCAAUCACGUGCUGAUGUGGAAUUUUCUCACGCACGAGUGGGAUUCCGUCGAGGGCAAAAGUAUACAUACGGGAAGUAUUGAAACAGUUGCUACCAAAGAAAAGGCUAAAUUUCCUCAACAAUUCUUUCCCGAGUGCAAAUGGUCUCGGAAAGGAUUUCUACGUACACGUUGGUUCCUAAAUGGUACCGUGUUUGAUUUAGUUAACAUUCACCUCUUUCACGAUGCGUCAAACCUGGAAGCGUGUGAAGAAUAUCCUUCCGUGUAUUGCAAGAGCAGACGCCGUGCACUCGUACAUACACUGGAGCGAUUUCAUAAAGAUACAGUUAACCGACCAGUGCCAUACUUUGUCUUUGGUGAUUUUAACUUCCGUUGUGAUACGGAAGGUGUUAUCAAGAAACUUACCGAAGAUCUCACAAUGCAUCGGGUUCAGAAUACGAAAAACGACAGUACAAAAGUUCAAUAUCGCGAUGCUACUGGCACCAACGUUCUGACCGUGGGGAAGAAGGAGUUUUUCCACUGCGACCAAAGCACGUUCAAAGAAAUCUGGCUGCGUCAGUUUGAUCGGGAGCUUGAAUCACUUCGAAGCAUACUGUACGAGUUUCCCAUCACUUUCCCACCAUCGUACCCGUACGAGGAGGAUCCGUUCCUGCCGGGUGCGUAUAUGGCAACACGAUGUCCAGCCUGGUGCGAUCGAAUACUGGUAAGCCCUGCGGCCCGGAAACUUAUCUGCGAGGAAAUGCCCGACAACAGACGGGAAGAUUGCAAACAGGGUGAUGAACCGGCUAGCUUCACUAGUGACCAUCCUACGGUCAGCUACGGUAUUAUCGGUGCAAAUGUCUGCAUGGGAGAUCAUAAGCCGGUUUAUCUCAGCAUUAGAAUCAAGACGAGUCAAGGUAUUGUAGAUAACUGCUCCUGUGAUACGCAUGUGCCUAGAAAACUGCGUGUUGAACACCCUAUUUAUAAUAACAGUGCAAGUAUGGAUAGUAGUAGUAAUAAUAACACUAUCGUAGUAAGUCUUAGUAGUUAUGGUAGUAAUAAUGGCAAUGUAGCCGAUUUGCGCACAAUGCCACCGAAGGCGGAACUUAUCCGUCAGCUGGCUUCCACUGCAGCCCAGUGUAGCGAUAGUGAUAGAAGCACUAGCGCCACCACCAUCAUUCCGUUUGCCUCGUCGCUCGAUGUUGAUAGUUUUGCCUACCAUCAGCUUCACUACCCGUCCGCUUGUACCGACUGUGCCGCACGCAUCAAACGGUGCUACGAGCAAAACCUUCUCGGGCUUGACCCGGUCGUACCAUUGGCUGGACAAGCGAACCAGCAGCAUUUCAUGCGGGAUGAACAGACGGUAGAGCCCAUUCAGGCGGCACCACUCGAAUUACUUUCGCAGGCAUGCUUUCGGUAUCAGCAUCCACUGGUCAGCAUUAACGUGUUCGAUACGGACAGCAAUCUUAACGUAUGCAUGUGCGCACUCUAUUGUAACAAUGCGACUGACGCGAAAAAUGUGAAUGCUACUGGAACGAAACAGCAGCACGUACCCGAGAUGUUGAAAGGUGGUCCGCAUGUAGAUGAUGUCGGUGCCGCUGCAUCCGCAACGAUCUGCCCAAACUGCCGUAAUAUGAUAAAACAUCAACCGAUCGAGCACCGCAAAACACUAAUCUCGCGACGGAUGAUGCUUGCCAACGAUGUAAUCGUAAAUCGUAUUGACACACACUACCUAAACACGUACUCGUUGUCGCAGGGCAGUAACGGCACCGGGCAACUCCAUCCCUUCGAACCGUACACACCGGAGAGUGCCGAGUCUCAUUCCCCCCUGCCAGAGUCAAGCGACAGCAGCAAAACAUCGCAAACUACAAGCCAUACCGAUGCAAACCGUGAUUCGGACGAUUCAAGCCGGGCGUGCGGAAAAACCACUGGCUCGCAAUUGUUUCCCACUGUCGAUGAAUGUCAACCGCUUGUAGCGAACGAUACUGAACACGGAUCGGACGCUGUUUCGCACGGAAUGAAAUUGGAAACCGCGUGCAAAACCACCACCCAGCGUGCAGCGAACGUACAAGUCGAUCCAGCCAGCGAUGCAAAUCGAGCCGCCAAUGUGCGACUUCCGACCGGUCACGAUGGUAGCAUUGGUGGCGUAUCGCCCCGACAGCUAAAGUCGCGCUUAGAAAAGCUAAAACGGCUAGCGGACGAACGACGCAAACAGUAUGGUGAAUGGACGCGCAGUUUCUCGCUGUCCGAUACAACCAAGCAAAUCCACAACAAGUGUUCCAUCAUGCCGAUCGGUAGUGAUGGUGGCUGUAGCAAUGAUGCCGGUUACGGCUCGCCCCUGUCUGUCGCCGAUCGGGCACUGAACUGCAAUGAAUCUGAUCCAUCCGACAGUACAUCAUCGGCUGCUCUCCUGCCGGGGAUGCGUCCAUCAACUACUAAUAGCAACCAUUGCAAUAGUCACUGUCGCAACGAACAGUCGCAAUCGACGACACAUGCAGCGGCAAACGUAACAAGCUCAAUUGCGAUGCGUAGAGACUCCGUAAUAGUUAACUGUUGUCGCGGGAUGUGUACGAUACUGUAG